ACCUAUGGUGGUGGUGAACUUUGUAUCAUGAUCUCGACUUUGAGCUCUGUUAUGUCAGGUAGUUCAAUAUCACCAGGUAUAUUUGUUUGAAAUCGGAGGUGUUUCUUUUUCUAACAUCUUGACACCAGAAUCAAAUGAGAUUUGAAGAUGGUUUUGUCCACCUUUAAUUGGCUUUUGUGACUGUGUUUUAGCAAAUAUCUGUGACCUAAAUACUGAUGAUAAAAUGUAACAUAUAUUUAUAAAUUUUUUCGUAUUUAUUUAUAUAAAUUUAGUGGUACCCUUCUACCUUUCAUAUAUUGAAUGCCUGAACUCAUUGUUCUCUGUCAGAUAAAAAACAUUUUGGCACCUGGUGUUGCGGACCCCCAUGGCUACUGUCAUAGCUGCAAAGUUGAUAUAAAGAACUGCUCACCCACUCAAUUAACUACCAUGCAAGAUUUCAGGAUGCAAUUUUUAAGUGCAGUGAAUGGACUGAGCACCUCUUCAUCUAGAGGAUUAUUCAUAGACUCUUGCUAUGCCCACUGCCAAACCGAAAUGCAGGAGACAUGGUUACGGGAUGAUUCUCCAUUGCUGGCUAGAACAUUUCCCUCUACAGAAACUAAUUCCAUUAUUAUAUGAAACAAAAAUGUUCUGUAGAC